AUGCGUUGUUGCGGCGGGAGUGGUACUAGAGAUCGUGCUCUAGAGGACAUCCUGGAUCACGACUCCACCACCGUCCUGUCAGCCACAUUUGAAGCACAGGGCGGAGGGUUGCGUCUACCACCACCAGCUGAGACGCAUACCAAAGUGCUCGUAUAUGGGGCGCCCUUCGUUGGCCUUAUUGAUGUUGGUAAUGCCGAGGAAGGUCGGGAAGGGGCUGUUGGCAGUCGUAAGAAGAAUUAUCAUCGCAAGCGGUCAUUCAGUUUUAAUGCUGAUCAGCCACGUGUGGUUAGCAGUAAGUCGACAGGAAAAUGGGAUGGUGCUUUGGUAAGCGCUCCUAUUGUGUUGGAGGGAGGCGUGCUGGCUAAUCGUAGGAUAGAUGAGGUCUCAGUUGGAGCUGGGCAUGCUCUCCUACGAUCUUCUCAAGGUGGGGUAUAUGCUUUUGGCAGGAAUGAAUACGGUCAAUGUGGUGUGGGUAGUACAAAGGAAGUCGUUCGAGAGGUUACUCCGGUACGUAUAGGCCCUGGUGAGGAGGAGCUUGUGGCCUCAUCCUUAGCAACGGGGUCGUACCAUAGCCUGUGCAUUGAUGCUGAUGAUCAGGUACUGGUCUGGGGCCACGCCGACUGUAUAGGGCUUAGGAUGAGGUCUACCAUAGACUCUGUUAUCAAGGGAGGUCAUGUGAGCAGUCCGAGUCGACUGGACAUCAUAGGGAGCGGAAGCUACACUGUUGGUCACAUCGCGGCCCGUGGGAGGAGUAGCUAUGCUUUUGUUACUCGUAAAGUAUGCCCUGACGGCUGUGUUAGUCUCAAUUGGAAAGGGUUGAUGGUGACACUAGGCGAGGAGGUCAUCACCACUGAUACUUUAGCUUUGACAGUGUGUUUGAGAGGGCGUAAUGGCCAAUUGCUGUGCCGGGAGGGAGUUGGACUGGAUAUUGCUACUUCUUUACCGGAGACUACUACAAUCACCGUCCAGUAUUUGUGCGUUGGUGUCCGCGGUCCAGAGGUCAUCACCAGGGCUCGGCCAGGGGCAGUUGCUAUUCGGUGCAACCCCUCCCUGGUGGUAGCCUCUAAUGCAUUGGCCAGCCCCUUGGAACUAUGCUUGAGGGACACUACUACGUCAGCUGUGGCUAAGUUCAGUUUGACUUUAGCGGGCCACUACGUCUAUUUACGCCGUGAUGACACUAGUGCACACGCAUUCGAUGGAUGCUAUGUCCGUUCGGAUAGGCUUACCUCAAGAGAGGGCCAAGUUGUGUAUACUCAGCAGUCGAGUACCAUUUCCCUAUGCCCUAGUCUAGAGCGUAGUAGAUGGGAACUACACAGAGGUGGUAGGCUAUUGGCCUUUAGUCCUCAUGCAUUCACUCCCGACACACCAUGGUCCAUCCAUAGUGGCAUUGGUCUGUGGUACACCCCUUCUGGUGAGGUGUUCAGGUUGGAAGCCAUUGUGUUAUCUAGUCCAGUCGCGGUAGCUGGUCAUGAGGAGCAAGUCGUAGAGGGGAGUGGUAGUGGUAUCAGCCUGGAGGUUGAGCGUGUUGUGCGGUGUUGUUCUCUUUACCAGUGGGGGGUUUCGGCGUUCGGACAGAUCAUACCGACGCCGAAGCUUCUGAAUGAGUUUGGUAACGAUGUCGAGAUUUCUAGUAUUUCUGCUGGGGCGCACUUUGCCCUUGCUGCGGAUCGAACCGGAGUGGUUUAUGGCUGGGGCGAUGACACAUAUGGCGAGCUGCCUUCAUCCAACUCCGUUAGAGUGGCUGUUGAGGGAAGCGUCUCGAGGAUCGAAGCUCUGGAGGGGGUCAGGGCCAAGCAGGUGGCGUGCGGAGACCGUCACGCUUUGAUUGUUACUGGGAGUGGCGGGGUCCUCGCCUUCGGGGACAACAGGGCUGGACAGUGUGGUGUUAGCAGUAGCAAAGUGGAGGCGAGGACUACGAGAAAGCCGAAGCCUGUAGCCGUGGAUGUCGGGCAGACCGAAGUGGUGGUAGCCUGUGGUGCUCGACACAGCGCCUUAGUGACCUCGGAAGGACAUCUCUAUACGUGGGGCCAUAGUGGAGAUGGGAAGCUGAUACACCAGAGGGACCACUAUGGGCCGAGAUCUAGCAUGGUCGGGGAGCACGUCGAUACUGGAUGGGAUGAGGAAGAUGAUGAAGGGGCCACUAAGGAGAAUAGGAGGCCCCCAGGGGUCGCCAUCAGUAGUCGGCUGAAGACCUCGGUCCUCCAUCCUCGAAUGGUAUACUCCUUGUCCCACGCCAAGGUACACGCUGUAGGGUUGGGACAGGAUUCUAGCGUUGUGGUGAUAGGGGACAGCAGUAGUCAGGAUGGUGGUGCUAGCCAUUCAACUCUAUCAGCUCCCGUCCUUCAGCAGUCUAGGCUUAUAAACUCUGGGUUUACAGCGUUGGAUACCUUCAAGGGAACACUACCAGAGGCAUUGUCGCUUAAGGAGGAGACUAACCAGUGA